AUGGCGAGCGGCCGCAUCAGCCCACCUCGCCGGCCGUUUCAGGCGCCCCCCACGUUGGCCCCCAAAACAUCAGAUCGCCUGACCGUACCCAAGUAUCACGUUGUGGACCCUCUCCUUGGAAACCUAUCGCCGGAAUCGACUCUACAAGCACUCUCGUCGACCGAUGCUGUGCGUAGUAACGAACCGGCCGCGCACGAUAUCCUAUCCACGAGCAUCGCUCAUGCCUCAUCAACAGAACGAGCUCUCGGGAUACGCGCUGCAGUAGCUGCUCAAAAUCUUGGACAAUGGUAUAGAGAAGUACGCGCGUGGGAAUGGCCAAAGCGGCCGGAUGCCCAGGUUGGAAAGGGGUUCAUUCCCCCGCCCGACAAGGAGAAGUCUGGAUACUGCGGAAGCCUCCCGACGGCUGUUGUUCAGGAACAUGAGAGGCGCAUCGAAGAGAUUCGUGAUGGACUGGAUAGCUUGGACGUCGAAGAAUUGAAGGAACACGUCCUCAAUGCCCACAUUCCAGGCCGGUCUCGGCCUUCGUCAGCGAACAGCACCAUGUCCGUGCCUCCCCCACUCAGCUAUGUUCAAUUGAGUGACUUCACCGCUGUCAUUACUGCUACUAUAUUGCGAGCCCUGCCGCUGCUAUCGCGUUUGAAUGCGUUGCUGUCUACAUGGGAUGUACGACUGCUGGUUGUUAAACAAAUACCCGGGUUACUACUCAGCUUGCAGUUUGCUAGAUCAGAGCUUGAUUCUGCUCUCGAUCUCCUGAAGUCUUCGGUUCCCCCUACUGAGAACGAUGUUUUGUAUUCACCUUCCAAAUAUCAUGCGAAACGGACUACCCUGGAGUCGACAGUGUUAUCGGCGGGUCGGCGGAUGGACCGGAUACUGGAUUCCCUGGACGGACGUGAGGAUUCUCUCCCUGAGAACUGGAUUGAUGACCUGGAAGCUAUCGAGGCGGACUUUGCAUCUUGGGUGAUGCAGGCUGAAAAGCAGGCCUUUGAAAACGAAUGGCGCCGACUAUCAACUCGUUCAAGAGAGAACGAUAAGCCCCAACCGGUUACCGGACAAGAUAUGCUAGAAAAUGGAUAUUCCGCGGAAAAUUCUACCGAGGUCGCUAAACUUCCACCAGUCGAAUCUCCGCUAGCAGAGUCUCCUAGCCAGGUGGAUGCUGCUAUAGCGCCUGAGCUUGAACCUGAGCUCCAGACUAGGCCGGCUGUAUUGCAUAUUGGACGCACUCCCCCAAUGGAAACCAUCGCUGAGGAAAUUGGCAGUCCGUUUGAUCGCUCUCCUUCCCAAAAUGCUCGUGGUGUGAAGGAUGCUUCUGUCAUAGGAGCGAGAAGCAUACCGGAUUCUCCUUCUCCAUUGCCUUCUGAUCCAGUUAUCAAGGGAGAAAGUCAGGAAUCAGUCCAGAUCAUGCAGUUGGAUGCAAAUAUUGACGUUCCUGGUUCCACAGAUACAACACCCGGCGCACCGCAAGAUAUUGCUGGUGGUGAACAGCUAGUACAUAGGCCAGAAGCAUUGAAGCAUCCGCUAUCCGUGGGCUCUAAUGAACAACAGGGCGUUUUCGAGUUCGAUGAGAAGCAAUCGCCAUCUUCUGUUGACGCAUCGGCGACGAAGGAAACUAUAUCGCAUCCCGAGGAGCCGAAUGACACUCCUGAACGUAUGAACACGGAACCGCCAGUGAGAUCUGAUGCCCCAGAAGAUGAUGCUGUCGUGGAACGGGAGACAUUUCAGUCUCUUAAUGCGGUAUCUGCCGAUGAAUCUCGACCUCAGUCUACGGAUCCAGACAAUGGUCGCCUCACCAACUCAAGUCCUGAGGCACUCGUGGGCUCCCACGCCAAUGGAAACUUUUCUUCCACAGCAACCCGCCCUGAAGAGAAUGCUCCCACAGAAGCGAAAUCCUUGGCGAUACCCGAUAUUAGUUCGACAGAUGUUCCGACAACAGACCUGCUACCGGUCGAGCCUGAAGCCCAAGAGAUCGAAUCCUCAACACAAAUAUCUCUCGAAGAGUGUGCGCCGCGAGCUGAAGCCUCUCCAGUAGGAACAAGCGCCAAGAUCCCAUCACCACCGUCAUCCUCCCAAAUCUCUAUCGCAUCUGAGACGAUAUCCGAAAAUGUUGUUGCACCAUCUGCGGGUAACGAAUCGUCGAAGGCUGAUGAAGAUCCCGAACCCGUUACUGAGCCCGUUACUGAGCCCGUUACUGAGCCCGUUACUGAGCCCGUUACUGAGCCUGUUACUGAGCCUGUUACUGAGCCUGUUACUGAGCCUGUUACUGAGCUUGUUACUGAGCCUGUUACUGAGCCUGUUACUGAGCCUGUUACUGAGCCUGUUACUGAGCCUGUUACUGAGCCCGUUACUGAGCCCGUUACUGAGCCCGUUACUGAGACCAGUGUCGAAUCUGUUGCUGUGGCUGAAUCCUCGCCGCACCCUGAGCAUGAUGGCGCCUCUUCAAGCUCCAACGAGCUCCAGCCAAUUAUUGGGAACGGCCACCCUCAACCUCCGCCAGCGGACAACGAAAUUGUUGCCACGGAUAAUGUUGCAUCUGAAACUUCACCUGGGGCUGAUACUCCAAAGUCCACUGAGCGUUGCGUCACGCCCUCAAACGAUAAUGUAGCGGCCCUUCCGAACCUUUUCGUACCCCAUGAUAACAACAAAGUUCCGACUGAGCAACAUGAUCCUGUAGAGUCUGCCAGAGACGACAAGAACACACCGAAGAAACCCUUGGACAGUCCUAUUAAGCUGUCCAAGACUCGCCCUGGUCAACUGGAUCUGGACAAACAGAAACAGAAAAUCCGUGUUCGAAGGACAUCCAAUGCAUCUGACGGCUCUGUGUCGGAUUACCCUUCGCUUGUGUCAAGCCCAGAAAUUCCAGAGCCUCGGACAUCUUCGUCGAAUGCGACACCGUUGCUCCUUGAGACUCCACCACAUUUCCCAGCUGACUACAGACCGUCCAAACCUGCGCGUCGGAGCAAUGGCCAUACUCUACGCGAGGAUCGCCUGCUCCAUCUAGACGCCCAGAAACCCUCACCACGGGACGCCUUUUCGCACAACAGAACACUCAGCUUACCGCUGCAACGUUUCAUCAACGAAAGUCUCGAUGUCAACUACGACCCUGGAUCUGGCAAUGAGGAGGAUGCUUCGAACGCUAAAGUCGCAGGGCAUCAGAAGAGCACGCCCACAGAAAGACACCGAAAGUCUAAAUCUGCGUCCUCAACCAGCGAUAUGGAACGACCCAACGGGCAGAAACAUGCUAUUACGCGUAGAGACAGUUCUGGACCGGAUUCUGACGUGUCCAUUGAGGCACAAUCCAAGUCCCAGAAGUAUAAGGAAAUCUCACCCAAAACACGCGUUGAGCCGUUCAGCAAUACAACCACGGCCCGUCUGAAGAAACGGUUGACUGCUCAUCCUAGUCUUGAGAGCAUUGGGCCCUACAAGUCGAAGCCCCAAACCGGCGACUCCUCAAGACCUGUCCUGGGCAAAGCCAAGUCUCGGUCAUCGUCUAUAAACAAAGGGCUAAUUCGACCCAAAGAUCAGAUGGAUGUGAAAAUCAAUUCCAUCCUGACUUCCCUUCCGGGUCAAAUUCAUCUGGUCCCAGCCGACCAAGACGAUGAUGCCAUUUCGGUGGCGUCCUCCGUGCCAUUCAGACGGGAGAGAUUUCGUUCAGACUCGCCCCAGGGAACCCCUUCGCGCAGCUUCACUCCCACCCCGUCGCUUAGUCUGCGACCAGCGGCGGGUCGCAGGAGACACUCCCAUGCCCCCGAGGAGAGUUCGGUAAAGCUUUACCAUCUUCACCGUGGCGGGAAGUCUGCUCCUACCAAGCUCUUCGUACGGACAGUUGGUGAAAACGGAGAACGUGUGAUGGUCAGAGUUGGUGGUGGAUGGGCAGAUUUGGCCGAAUAUCUACGAGAGUAUGCGAUCCAUCACGGACGUCGCCACGUAUCUGAGACGCCUCGCGUUGAAGUUGAGGGUCUCUCAUCCCGCGACUCCCCAUCAUACUCGCCACCUGCAAGCCGAGUUCCAUCGGGUAAUGCACGAAAUAUGCCGACUCGACCUGGUUCAGUCAUAAGUAACCGCCCGUCUUCGUCUCUUGCGGUCCGGAAAACGAGACGUUCGUCCAACGUCUCCGACAUUGGCGAUCUUAGAACAGCCAGUGCCGGCGAUGCCCUCAACGUUUCCUUUUCCCCUGGGUCCAACGCUCUCGGCAACAGACGACUAUCGGUAUCGUCAAAUGUCUCCGCAGGUGCUAUGUCGUCUGUCAGUGAAGUCCGUCAUGGGUCACCCGGAGCUCCCGCUAUACCUCUUGGUCUUGCGGGGCCAAAACCCCGAGCUAAACGCGCUGCCAUCACCCCGGAGAGUGAGGCUUGGGUGGAAGACGUUCUUGGCCAAGCGCGACGGAGCACUUCUCUCAGACCGUUCAAGUACACUCUACCAGCCGUGGAAAACGAAGGGGACGAAAACGCACCCACGUUACCGAAAUCUCGGAGCAUCAGCGAUAUUAGCAAAGCGGGCUCAAGCAAACGCGUCAUACUCCGUGGGCUACGGUAG